AUGCUGGGAAAUAGUGACCACGAAGUUUUAGCAGAUGAACCUGUGAACGCUGAAGAUCUUUUUGGAGAAGCUGAUCAACCGCUACUGCCGCCUCUCUCUCCCCUUAACGACUUAGAAGGAGCUGCUUCUGAAGGAAAUAAUGAUAACGAAAACAACGAAAAAACAGAGCCUCAGAAAAAACGAAGACAAAUUAACCGCUUACCAAACUUAAAUGACGAAUGGCUGACCAACCCAAGAAUGGAAGGAAUUUAUAAAGUGAACAAUUAUUUUGAAAGUCUCAAAUACAAAAAAGGAAAAGGCAGAGAGCAGGAAAAUUUAAAAAUAAUAUUACAAAGGUAUGAAUACUGGGCACACCAAUGUUAUCCAAAGUUGUGUUUUUCAGAUUUUGUUCAUAAAGUAGAGCUUCUAAGUGGUAAGAGAAAAAUAAAGCAUGCUUUACAAGAAAUUCGUAAUAAUUUGACGGAAAACAACAACAACAACAGGGGCGAUGAUGAAGACAGUACCAACAACAUGGAAAAUGACAACAUUGACCCUUUCGCUGGUGAUAGUAACAGCACAGGUAACAAUAUUUUGAAAGAAAACAAUGAAGAAGUUGAUGCAGGUGUGACUGCACAAAAUGUUCUGCAUGCACAACCUCCAGAGCAGCAAGUGAGUCCCAAAAUUUCGGAGGAAAUGAGGGAAAUGAUAAGAAGAAAAAGAGAGGAAGCUAUUGCAAAGCGUAAACGUAAGUUGGAGGAAUCAAUGACUGAUGAAACACAUAAUACCAAUGAAAGUGAGGAAACCACCACAACUUAA